UGUACUUCAUCGCCCUGAUCCUCUCCCUCAGUCAGCAGAUGACCAGCGAUCGUAUCCACCUCUACCCGACCGCCAACGAGACUCUGUGGCCUCCGGGUUCGGAGCAGCAGAUCUUGCGGCCGUGGAUCGUGGUGAACCUGGUGGUGGCGAUGUUGGUGGGUCUGGCGUGGGCCGUCGUCUCCACCCGGCCCGACAUCGACUACACUGAAGAGUUUCUGAUGACGAUGGAGGUGGAGGGAUACCCGAGAGGAGACGAGAACCUGGACAUACCUGCCUGAAAAAAACGAAACAAA